GGAAUAUUGACCAUUGAUCUGUGGCGAAUCUUCUCCUGACUCAACUCUUCCCCGCUUCUCCUAUCUCCAUCUCUUUAUCUUCCUCUCCUUCGCCUCUCUAUCCUCUCCUCUACAACCACCCAAGCCAAACAAUCAACAACUUCCAUCAACCACCCAAAUCACACAAAAAAACAUUACUUGUUCAAAAAACAUGGCAGCAACAAUGCAUCGACCAUCUCUCUCCCUCGACAUGAACAACCUUCCUCCCCUAACAACACCCGUCACCCCAACCAACACCCUCCUCCUCACCGACCUUCAAAACCUCACCUAUUUCCAACCCGCCACCCUCGCCGAGAUCCGCACCCUCCUCAACACUCUCGCACCGCUCAACUCCUUCUCCCCACUGCCCUCCCUCCGCCGCAUCAUCUGCUCCUUCACAAGCACCGACUCCGCCAUCUUCGUGCGCAAACACUUCGAGUCGACCCCCCUGACCCUAACCACAAGCGUCAGCGCCCAAACAACACACCUCAAACCCAAAGUCUACUUCGGCGAACCCACGCCCCUCCUCCAAGACGGCGACAACAACCGCCCCAAGCUCCUCGAAGCCCCCCAACUCGACAAGCUCUUCUUCAUCAGCCCCCCGCCCAGCCCGCCCCACGGCUGGGUCAUGCGCACCGAGGAACCCCCCAACAAGGAAGUCCACGCCAGCGACCUCGCCUCUGCCCUCGCGCAGCUCCAAAACCAACAAUCUCCCCACCAACAGCCACAACAACAACCGCAAUACCACCCCCAGCAAGACGCCGCGGCGCCUCUCGACCCAGACACUCCCAUGUCAAUGACGUCCGACUCAAAGCGCACAGGCUCGUGGCCCGCUGACAUCAGCGCCCACGCUCGCUCCCGCUCCGGAAGCACCCUCAUCUACCACCCCCAGGACCACGGCAGCAGUCCCCAUCUACCAGCCGUCAUGGUCGAGGAUACGACCGUUCCUUCCGUGGUGUUGUCCCCCGAUGAUACAGACGUCGAGAUGAGCCCUGUCGAGAUGGGCGGACCUGUACAGCAGAAGCCGCCGAAGACGUCGCGCCCGCCGGUUGAGUUGAUGGAGUGAUUUUGUUUCCACCUCAUUGUUCCAUAUACGUUUUUUCCUGUUUUUUUUUGCCCUUUUUGGGGUUCAUUAAAGGAGUCAGGUUUGUUCGGGUUAGCGUUUUAUGUUUACCAUUUCCUUAUUUGUGAUGUCUCUUCAAAUUGCCUGGCAUGGCAUGCAUGAAUUAAUUGUUUUUUUCUUCUCAUUUUCUGUUGCUUCUUUUUUCUGUCUUGCAUUGACAUACGGGAUUACAUUACAUUUUCCGGAGUUGGGGAUAUACUACGUCUAUCUAAUACUUGGUAUCACUACCACAACUAUAUACGUGCAAGCGACUACAAUCAAGCAAAUUACGCAACA